GGCGGGGUUUGCGCGGGGGCUGCACCACUGCCCGACCCGGCUCGGCGCAGAGCCCGGCGCGCGGCUGUCCCGGCACCAUGCGGCUCUUUGCGCUCGCCCUGCUCUCCGCAACCUUGGGCGCGACUUGCGCAGGUCAUGCACCCUCCCCGCCCGUGGUGGACACCGCACAAGGCAAGGUCCUGGGAAAAUAUGUGCACAUGGAGGGAUUUGAACAGCCCGUGGGCGUCUUCCUCGGAGUCCCCUUUGCCAAGCCCCCUCUGGGGUCUUUGAGGUUCGCUCCACCAGAGCCUGCAGCACCAUGGAACUUCGUGAAGAACACUACCUCCUACCCGCCUAUGUGCUCCCAGGAUGCUGUGGGUGGCCAGGUGUUGUCUGAGCUCAUCACCAACAGAAAAGAGAACAUUCCUCUCAAGUUUUCCGAAGACUGUCUCUACCUCAAUAUUUACACUCCCGCUGAUCUGAGCAAGAAGAACAGGCUGCCGGUGAUGGUGUGGAUCCAUGGAGGGGGUCUCAUAACGGGUGGGGCGUCCACCUACGACGGGCUGGCCCUAUCUGCCCAUGAAAAUGUGGUGGUGGUGACCAUCCAGUACCGCCUGGGCAUCCUGGGAUUCUUCAGCACGGGGGAUGAGCACUGCCUAGGGAACUGGGGUCACCUGGACCAGGUGGCUGCCCUGCGCUGGGUGCAGGAGAACAUCGCCAACUUUGGAGGGAACCCCGGCUCUGUGACCAUCUUUGGGGAGUCAGCAGGAGGUGAAAGUGUGUCUGUUCUCGUCUUAUCUCCUCUGGCCAAGGGCCUCUUCCACCGGGCCAUCGCUGAGAGCGGCGUGGUCUUCACCGGAAAGCUGACCAAGAAGGACAUGAAGGCUGCAGCUCAUAAAAUUGCCGUCUUUUCUGGGUGCAAGACCACCACCUCAGCUGUUAUGGUGCAUUGCCUACGCCAGAAGUCGGAGGAGGAGCUUCUGGAGACCGGGCUGAAAAUGAAAUUCUUCGCCCUCGAUUUGCUUGAAGACCCCAGAGAGAGUCACCCCUUUGUGCCCACGGUGGUGGACGGCUUCCUGAUGCCCAAGACCCCUGAAGAGCUCCUGGCCAAGAAGGAGUUCAACGCGGUCCCCUUCAUCGUUGGGGUCAACAAGCAGGAGUUUGGCUGGGUUCUCCCAACGAUGAUGGGGUACCCGCUCUCGGAAGGCAAGCUGGACGACCAGACGGCCGCCUCACUCUUGUGGAAGUCCUACCCCAUGGUGGGCGUUCCUGAGUCUCUCACUCCAGCAGCAGUUGAGAAGUACCUGGGCGGGACGGAUGACCCUGUCCAGAAAAAAGACCGCUUCAUGGACAUGAUGGCCGAUCUGAUCUUCAAUGUCCCCUCCGUGACAGUGGCCCGCAGCCACCGGGAUUCUGGAGCCCCCACCUACAUGUAUGAGUUCCAGUACCGACCCAGCUUCUGCUCGGACAUGAGACCCAAGACCGUGGCGGGAGACCAUGGGGAUGAGAUCUUCUCGGUGUUCGGAGCCCCGUUUUUGAAAGGUGGUGCCUCCAAGGAGGAGACUGAACUCAGCAAGAUGAUGAUGAAAUUUUGGGCCAACUUUGCUCGAAAUGGGAACCCCAACGGCGAUGGGCUGCCCCAGUGGCCAGCCUACGACAAGAAGGAGGGGUACCUGAAGAUCGGCGCCACCUCUGAGGCUGCGCACAAACUCAAAGAUGAGGAAGUGGCUUUCUGGACCGAGCUCUUGGCCCGGGAGGCAGCAGAGAUGCCCCCUCACACAGAGCACGUGGAGCUGUGAACAGAAGUGCCGGUGGUUGUGGGGGCUGGGGGAGCCCACAACACGGUGCUCAUGAGUCAAAGAGGUGUCACACUAGGGAGGCUGGACAGUGAGCACGCCAGAGAGGGAAUUUAUGUCUGUGUCCUCCAUGGGAAUAAAUCAUCUGGAGACCAAG